AUGGCUAAACCUCCGCAGCUAUCCCCAAUCAAGACUGAUAUAAAGGAGUUCCUUCAACCCCUCCGGGUUGAACUUGAGACCUUGUAUGAUUUGUCUUGCCGGCUAUCAUUGUCUUAUAAAAAGUUAGCCGCGGAGUCUACAGAACACUUUAUUCCAUCGGCUCUUACCCGUCUUCCAACGGGCCAUGAAACAGGACGCUAUCUUGGCGUCUAUUUUGGUCUGUCUUACCUUCGUGUGGCCUUCAUCGACCUCUUAGGAGAUCAACAUGUCGAGGGACAUGCACGUGUUCGGCGCACAUUAGAGAAGGCAUGGCCUAUUGAAGAUCAUUUGCGAAAAGAUCAUAGUGUUGACCUCUUCACAUGGAUUGGGGACUGUAUCGCCGAGGUGGUGGCAGACAGACUGGCCAAUCCAAGUGAGAAGCGAAUUGACCAAAUAACGACGGGCAUUUCCUUCUGUCUACCUAUCAAACAAGAUUCUCUCGAUGAAGCUAUCUUGAUGCCAACAGGGAAAGGCUUCUCUCUAAAUUCAGACCUCAAUCUCCGCCAAGCCUUGCUGAAUGGAUAUGAACGCCACACAUAUUCAACUCAUGGCGAUGAAACGAACAUGCCUGCCAAACGCCGCAGGCUGUUCUCACUUCCUAAACUGAAAAUUGCUGCCAUGAUCAAUGAUACGACAGCGACUCUUGCUUCAUUGGCGUAUUCCAUUCCUUCUUUGCCCAACACUCGUGUUGUCAUGGGUCUGAUCGUGGGCGCGGGGUGUAACACGACUGUUCCCAUGAAACUUGCCAACUUGCAUGAAUCCAAAACUAAAAUCAUUCUUGAAAAACACCCCGACGCACAGGAAACGCUCAUCUCCACUGAAUGGACUCUGUCCACGGCGGCUGCUUCAUUUGAUGAGCUUGGUAUUCGGACAAAAUGGGAUCUUGAGCUGGAUAAAAAUUGCAAAAGACCUGGUUUUCAGCCGAUGGAAUAUAUGGUCGGCGGUGGAUAUACUGGCGAGCUCAUCCGCAUCGUCUGUUAUGAUUGGUUCCAUGAAGUUUUGGGAAUAGAACACUCCAAGCUGCCGCUGAAAUUGGUUCAAGAGUAUUCCCUUUCAACAGAUUACCUCUCCCUGGUUGUUGCCUCUUCUCUGUCGGACGAGCGCUUAGCAAGCGAGUUGUCCAAAACACUGUCGCCACCUCUUGGGAGUGAUUGGGUCUGGUCACCUGAAUAUGUCCGUGCUAUUCGGGCCAUUGCCUCGGCUGUGCAGGAUCGAGCGGCGUCUUUGGUGGCAUCUGCAGUUGUUGGUCUCUUGGGCUGCACCAAUGAACUCCAAUUGGGUAGCACGGCACCUGAGUGCAACAGUGGAGAAAAAGUCACGGAAGCUGGAGUUUCUGAACAAACGAACUCCUCAUCAUCGACGCCAGGCUGGAAUAGCGGGCCCGAGGAGCUCGCCGUCGCCUACUCAGGUGGAGUGAUUCAACACUAUCCUCACUAUAAAGACACUGUACAGAGAUAUAUUGAUCGACUGCUACUGCGAGCUGGUCCUCAAGCAGGCGGAAAGAGUGUCUUCUUGCGGGAGGCCAGUGAUGGCGGAAUCAUUGGAACUGGAGUCCUGGCAGGAACAGCGUCGGGGGAAAUCGGGGAAAUCAAGGCUACUAACAACUAG